AUGAGGAAUAAUAUUAUUUCAAAACUAGCAGAAUCGACCUGGGGAAGCGACGCAACAGUUCUACGUAUAUCAGCAUUAGCCCCGGUAUAUAGAAUAGCUGAAUACUGUGUUACAGUUUGGUUCAGGAGUUCACAAUACAAAAAUGUGGACACGGAGUUAAACCAAACAAUGCGAAUUAUAACAGGUACAAUAAGAACGACUGAAGUACAAUGGUUACCGGUGUUGGCGAAUAUAGCCCCACCGGAUCUACGCAGAUUGAUGCAUGCUGAACGUAUAGUGGAAAAGAUUAAAAUAAACCCUAAACUACCAUUAUAUGAAGAUAUUAUUACGCACUCUCAUAAAAGGCUUAAAUCGAGAUACCCAAUAUGGGACCUUACAUUUCCAAUAGAAGCUCUAUCGAUAACAUGGAAAACACGAUGGAAAGACUCAGGUGUGCAAGGAGUUACCUUGAUUGAAAAUCCAGAAACAAGAACACCGGGUUUUAAUCUUCCACGGAAGUUAUGGUCCUGGUUGCACAAAAUCUAA